GAGGAAAUUGGUUAGUUGAGAGUUUGGACACUGCAAUAAUGGUUGCACCUCCACAGAAGGUUCGGAUGUCAAAACUAUUUGAAUUUUUGCAGCUCUUUGAACAUGCAAGACUGCUAAGCCACGAUGAAAAGUUUUCGUUAUAAGAGAGAGAGAGAGAGAGACUUCUCAACCAUCUGCCAUCCAAUGCUCUUCCAUUUUAAAGCUAUAAAAGCCAUGCAUUCUUCUGGUGGAAAAGCAAGUAUCGCGUAUCUGGUUUCUAUUUUUCACAAUUGAAAGAAAGAUGGGGAAGUUAUUCAAGAAUGGUGGAGUGUCUAGCAUAGUUUUGAUUAUAGUUGUAGUGGCGGUCGGGGUAGGGGAAGGGCGGCGAAUUGAGAAAAACAAUUUUUCUGAUGGUCUAGGGGGUGGUGGAGGCCGUGGUGCAGGUGCUGGUGGAGGGUUUGGUAAGGGUGGUGGAAUUGGCAUUGGGUCUGGGGGCGGCAUUGGUGGCGGUGGCGGUGGUGGCUUUGGAGGUGGUAAAGGUGGCGGUGUUGGGCAUGGAGGUGGUACAAGAGGAGGAAUUGGUGGUGGCGGUGGUUCUGGUGGUGGAUUUGGAGGUGGUAAAGGUGGUGGUGUUGGGUUUGGAGGUGGGUCUGGAGGUGGUUCAGGAGGCGGAAUUGGUGGUGGCGGUGGAAGUGGUGCUGGUGGUGGCUUUGGAGGUGGUAAAGGUGGUGGUGUUGGGCUUGGAGGUGGUGCAGGAGGAGGGCUUGACGGGGGUGGGGGUGGUGGUGUUGGAGGUGGGGAAGGGGGUGGACUAGGUGGUGGUGCUGGUGGUGGCAAAGGUGAUGGUGUAGGUGUUGGAAGUGGAUCCGGGGAUGGUGCAGGAGGAGGACUUGGCGGAGGUGCCGAAGGUGGCAAAGGUGGUGGCGUAGGUAUUGGGGGUGGUGGUGGUGCUGGUGGAGGUGCCGGUGGUGGCAAAGGUGAUGGUGUAGGUGUUGGAGGAGGAACCGGGGGUGGUGCAGGAGGAGGACUUAGCGAAGGUGCCGGAGGUGGCAAAGGUGGUGUCGUAGGUAUUGGGGGUGGUUCAGGUGGUGGUGCUAGUGGAGGUGUUGGAGGUGGUGGUGCAGGAAGUGGAGUUGGUAGUGGUGUUGGAGGUGGCAAAGGUGGUGGUGGUGUUGGAGGUGGCGGAGCUCCUGGUGGUGGAGGAAUUGGGGGUGGAUCAGGUGGAGGAAUUGGCGGUGGCUUUUAGAAAUCAAAAGAGCUUUAUAACUCUCAUGCUCGGGUCAGUUGCAUAAUUUGAU